CAAAAAAUAAAAGAUAAAUAAAAACGGUGCUUCGAAAAAACUGUUAUACCUUAUUUCUUCUCUGCUCAUGUUUGCUCAUGUUUCUUGAAAACGUUAUUUAGCCAAAUUUUUGUCCAAAAUGAGUGUUUUGAACGAUUUGUUUAGUCAAAUACUUCAUUCAGAAGAAAAGACUCGCGAACGAUUCUCAAAACUUCGUACAGUAAACAACGAAAUCCGAGCAUGCCAGCUACAGAUACGCGAAGUGCAAGCUGAUCUAAACUCCCUGGCAGAAACAUUGCGAGUGAAAACACAUCGACUCGCAGAAGAGGAGCGUGAAGUCAACUGGUUAAAAGUUCGAGAAAACGUUCUGAAGGAAAAGCAAAAACAACUGCAUGAUAAGAACGUUGAAAUUGAAACCGCUCUGAAAAGGGUUAUGGAGUCAUCUGACAAUGAAAGGGAUGCCUUCACCUGUCAAGUAUCCAAUUUUUUAAAAUUCCACGAUUUGACAGGGCAGGGAAAGCGCAAGCGGGAAGAUGAGGACUCUUCAAAACUAAAGCAAAUGAGAUUAGAGGAGACACGACUUAGAAUGAACCUGAAAAAUCUUCAAACUCAGCAGGGUGAAGUAGGUUUACUAGUAAAAAAGAACAAAGUAUUAGCUGAAGCAGAGGAAAAUCUCUCCAGAACCAUUAAUGUUCUUGAAAAAACCUUAGAAAAAGAAUACAAAACAACAGAGAUGCUGGAGAAAGAGAAAGCUGCUGCAGGCUCAAGAUUACAGAGUGAUGCAGAGUUCAGGAGAUUGAGUGCUGAGUUAGAGGCUGCCAGGGAUGGGAGCAUGGAAGGAAUUUGUGAAGCUCUGUCAGAAGAGUUGAAGGAGCUACAACAGCUACUAUUAAAACAAGAACUUCAGCGCCAGAAGAAACAGCAGGAACAACAACACAAACCAGAAAGAAGCGAUACAAGAAGAAGCUUUAAAGAGAGUAUGAGAAACAGAGGUAGAACAUGGCGCUAUAAUCUCAACAGAAGCCUGGGGGAUGGAGAGCAACAGAAAAUAGAUAAUAUACAGAUGGAAAUCAAGGAUGAAGAUCUCAUUGACCUCUCCCCUUGACUUUAAACAAGGACUAUAAUCUGUCAUACUAUUUGCACUUAAAUGCUGUUUAAUAAAACCUUUUUUGUAAUCUAA